UUACCACUGGCACCAAAAAAGUAAUAGUCAGACACUACCAACAUAUAAUACCAACUGUGUAUGAGGAAAAAUGACGUCUGCAGAGUUACGUGAUGUUAAUAUGAGUGGAGAAGAUUUUGCACCAUUAGAACCAUCUCUCCAAAAUAUUAUUGACCAGCGUUCACUUCGUUGGAUUUUCGUCGGGGGAAAAGGAGGCGUUGGAAAAACAACCUGCAGUUGUAGUUUAGCAGUGCAACUGGCCAAAGUACGUGAAAAUGUUUUGAUUAUAUCCACGGAUCCUGCACAUAAUAUCUCAGAUGCUUUUGAUCAGAAAUUUUCAAAGGUGCCAACUAAAGUGAAAGGCUUUGAAAAUCUUUAUGCUAUGGAAAUAGAUCCAAAUGUUGGUUUCAAUGAACUACCAGAAGAAUAUUUUGAAGGAGAAGACGAAGCUAUGAAACUCAGUAAAGGCGUGAUGCAAGAGAUUCUCGGGGCAUUUCCAGGAAUAGACGAGGCCAUGAGUUAUGCGGAAGUAAUGAAACUUGUGAAAGGCAUGAACUUCUCAGUGGUGGUGUUUGAUACGGCCCCAACUGGUCAUACCCUCAGAUUACUCUCGUUUCCUCAAGUGGUGGAGAAAGGCCUUGGAAAAUUGCUCCGACUUAAAAUGAAGAUUAGUCCAUUCAUUACUCAGAUAUGUUCUAUGAUGGGUUUGACAGAAUUUAAUCCCGAUUCUUUCUCUGCAAAAAUGGAGGAGAUGCUCGCUAUAAUUCAUCAAGUGAAUGAGCAGUUUCGUGAUCCAGAGCAAACAUCAUUUGUUUGCGUGUGUAUCGCUGAAUUUCUAUCGCUGUACGAGACAGAAAGAUUAGUACAAGAGCUCACAAAGUGUGGUAUUGACACACACAAUAUCGUUGUGAACCAGCUGCUGUUUCCCACAAAAGGAGAACAGCCUUGUCGAAUGUGCGCCGCAAGACACCACGUGCAGGAGAAGUAUUUGGAUCAGAUUUCAGAUCUGUACGAGGACUUCCACGUUACGAAGCUACCGCUUCUGGAUCAUGAAUUACGAGGCGUGGAGCAAGUGAAGGAAUUCUCUGCGAUUCUUGUGAAACCAUUUGAAACUAAAUGAUACAUUGUAAAUGUUGGCGUUCCUUUGAAGUUAUUUCAGAAUGUCUCAGAUUAUUUCAUGGGUUGAAAUUAACUGUUGUUUAAAAUUAUGGAAAUAUUAUUCGGUGUUUAACCCGAUCGUCUGUACAUUUCCUUAUGUUCGGAAGAGAAUAAUUUGUUAAAUGCUUAAUAUACUCACACCCCAUUACUACCGGUUCUUGAAAUAUGUGGGUUUUUGGUCUCCAAGGCGCGCUGUUGGACCCGACUGUCGGAAGUACGGCGCAGCCUGUAACGAGAAGUCAACCUCAAACAGUAAUAUUUUAUGCGCUGUCGACUUCAAUAUUUGGGGAUCUCACAGUGAAGAUGUCAGUUUUCUCGUUCUUCUAGGUUGUGGCGGUGUGUGUGGAUUUUUUGUUCUUUGUUUCUUCUCACUUCUCCAACUGACGAGCGGAAGAGAUGGAACUUUUUUCUGUGGAUUUAGAAGUUCUCGCAGCGCUUCUUAAAUAUGAAAUAUUUCUAGGGGAGGAAAAUGGGUCGAUAGAAUUUAAUUUUACUGUGUUCAAUAUAUAUGUUUUGUUUCUGAAGUAGUUUUGGCAAGUGCACUUUUAAACAUUAUGCAGAAAAUAUAUUAAAAAGAAACUAGAGCAUUAAUAUUAUAUUUGAUUAAAUAUUUAAUAAUUAUUUAAUUUGCUGUACUUCCAAACAUCCAUGUAUAUAGUCAAUCUUUGCUGAAUCCAUAUUUGCGCUACGCAGUUUUAAGUGUGCAUUGCGUUAUUGUGACCGCUGUUUGCUUAUACGAAUAAAAAAGUAUAAUUCAGGUAAAAAUCCUUGUGUACUGUAAUUCAAAAGAUGUGACAUCAUUUAUCUGAUGAAUAAUUGCUGCUUAUCUACUGUCAGAAUUAUCACGUUAUUAAACUGAAAUACAGAUUUAUGACAUAA